ACCCCGCCAACACCAUGGCACGCCGUCGCAGACUCCUCGAGGACGACGUGUCUGACUCCUCAAACGACGAUGAUGACGACCUAGACGACUUUGACGGAAACGAGAACCCCGACGUACGCGCCGAGCGAGAGCUCUUCCGCAACCCGCACAAGCGCAAGCGCAGACGCCAAGACUUUGACUCUGACGAUGAGCAGCCUGCUGCCUCUACCAGCAAGCGGCGCGACUGGACAAAGGCACCCGCGUUUGUCUCCGGGGACAAGAAGGUCGACCUCGAUCGCGACAUGCACGCGGACGAGGAUGGGGACGUGCGCAUGGACGAGGGUGAGGACGACGACAACGGCGCUGCGUCCGAUGACUCUGAAUCCUCGACUUCCAGGCGCGCGUCUCCGAGGGUGCGGGAGGAAGAAGAAGAGGAGGAAAGCGCACCACGACCGACAAUGGGCCGUGGGGGGAUCGGUGCUGGCGGGGGAGGAGGGAUCGGCGCACGAGGCGGGAUCGGUUCUCGUGGUGGCCUUGGCUCAGGAGGAGGCAUUGGACCUGGCGCAGGACUGGGCUCUGGCGCGGGACUGGGCAGCAGGGGCGGGAUAGGCGCACGCUUCGGCCUAAAAAUGAGCACCCAACCAGACUCCGAAGCCUCCAAUCCCCCCUCCUCUGGCACCUCCACACCCGCCCCUCCCGAUGAUGUCCCCUCCGCCUUCGGUGGCGGCGCGCGCCGCUCCUUCCUGUCCUCAUCCUCCGCCCCCAAGAAGCCCGCUCUCAGCGCGCAGGAGCGAGCGCACUUCAGCAACCUCUCCGACACAUUCGGCGCGCGCCUCCUGCAGAAGAUGGGUUGGGAGAUGGGCACGGGCCUGGGUACGACAGGCGAAGGCAUUGUCACGCCCAUCGAGACGAAGAUGCGCCCGAAGCAAAUGGGUAUCGCGUUCAAGGGCUUCCGCGAGCGGACUGAGCAGGCGAAGCGCGAGGCACGGCGGCGUGGGGAGGAUGUCAGCGAUGAUGAGCAGGACCCGAAGGCGAAGAAGGCAGCGAUGGCUCAGCGUGAGCAGCGCGAGCGACGCGCCGACGCAUGGAAGAAGCCGAAGAAGGUCAAGACGAAGGUCGAGCACAAGACCUACGAGCAGAUCCUUGCUGAGGCUGGCGAAGAAACGCCUGUCGCGGCGGGCGUGGGUCAGAUCAUUGACGCCACUGGUGCUGUGCCUAGAGAAGUCUCCUCCCUCGCAGACGUCGCUAUCAACUCAUGGAAUAUCACGAAUGACUUGACGCGCAUCCCCGAAGUACGGCACAACAUACGACUCAUCGCGGAAUCAUGCAAGAGCGAUCUUGACGGGCUCGCGCGCGAAGCCAAGUCCCUCGAGCAGCGCAAGCAGUAUAACGCCGUAGAGGACAGCCGCCUACGCAAGAAGGUAGAAGUGGAGGCAGAUCUCAUCGCCGCCCUCCAACGCGUGCAAAUAGUCGCAAAUGAGAUAGGCACAAAGUCUAAGGAGGUCUCGUCAAGUUAUGACGUCUCCCUUGAUGCCUUCGACCCUCUGUUCGACAAGCUGACCGAACAGUUCCCUACGGACUUCGACAAGUAUCGGUUGGAUGAGGUGGUCGUGGCUGCCAUUGCACCGCUGUUCCGGCGGUUGGUAACCGCUUGGGAUCCGUUGGAAGAGCCUACUGCAUUCAUCAGCACUUUCCGGAAGUGGAGGCGCGUGUUGCGCGUCAAUGCGGAGAGUGAGAAGCCGCCGGACAGGCAGCUUGAGUCGUUUGGGUCGCGGGUGAUACCCACGACACCAGUUGUGAUCGAGAAGCCUAUGACGCCUUUCGAGAGUCUCCUCUGGAAUGUGUGGCUACCGAAGGUCCGCUCGGCGAUCAACAACAGCUGGUCUCCUCAUGGUCCACAGCCUGCGGUGAAGCUCUACGAAACUUGGUCGUCCUUCCUUCCUCCCUUCAUCCGCGAUAACUUUCUCGACCAGCUCAUCCUGCCGAAAGUCCGCAAGGCCGUUGCAGAGUAUAAUCACAAGAAGGACAAGGUGUCGUUGCAGACCAUCGUCUUCCCAUGGCUUCCACAUGUUGGCCUUCGCAUGGAGGAUUUGCUGGACGAUGCACGUCGGAAGGUCAAGAACAUGCUUCGUGGCUGGACCGUGGGCGAAGACAUGCCGCAAGGUCUCUCCGCCUGGCGCGAGGUCUUCGACAGCGGCGAGUGGGACCUCAUGCUUCUCAAGUACGUCGUCCCCAAGCUCGGCGCCUCCCUCCGCGACGACUUCCGCAUCAACCCGCGCGAGCAGCAGAUGGACCCGCUGCAGCGCGUGCUCGCGUGGGCGCCCCUCGUCCGCGGCUCCGUCUUCGCGCAGCUCCUUGAGACCGAGUUCUUCCCCAAGUGGCUGGACAUCCUGCACAUCUGGCUCGUGCAGCCGCGCGUCAACUACGAGGAGGUCACGCAGUGGUACCGCUUCUGGAAGGGUGCGCUCCCGGAGGACGUGCAGAACCUGGACGGUGUGCAGAAGGGCUUCACGCGCGGGCUGCAGCUGAUGAACGACGCGAUCGAGCUGGGUCCGGAUGCGCCGGCGAAGCUGCGCAAGCCCGACUUCCGCGCGGAGCAGGCAGCGGCUGCCGCUGCGGCCAAGAGGACGAAGCCUGUGGCCACUGCGGCGCGUCCCUCGGCGAGGACGCAGGAAGUCACCUUCCGCUCCAUCGUGGAGGAAUACGCAGCAUCGCACAACCUGCUCUUCAUCCCAUCCGGCAAGGCGCAUGAGCUGUCGCGGCUGCCGCUAUUCCGCGUCAGCCGCACAGCAGACAACAAAGGUGGGAUACUGGUGUAUAUACUGGACGACGCGGUGUGGGCCGCCGCGCAGGGCACGGGUGGCGAGAAGGAGGUGUACAAGGCUGUAUCCCUGGAGGAGAUGGUCGCGCGGGCGAACGCGUCCUAAUCGGGAGUUGUAGGUCCACUUCACGUGAUGUAAUGAUUGGACCCACAUGCGAGGUUGAAUCAGAAUUUAGAUUACUUCCGGUCCAACUCACCCCUCUUCGUGCG